CGAAGCGAGUCGGAGGCCGCGGUUUAAGUCUAUCAUUCUCAUCAUCGGCCAAGACUCAAAUCUCCAAUCUGCCUGAAACUGAACCGAGAUCUAGAAGCUUCGACCAUUCCAGAGAGCCCCUUCCCAAAGACCCUGGUCUGUCCCGACGCCAUAGACACAGCAUCUCAGGCCAGAUGAGCUACUUUCACGCCACGUGUGGGGGUCACAUAGCCCACGCCAGGGGCAGCUCCAACAGCCUCUUCUCCACCGCAGUCAUCAGUGGAUCCUCCAGCGCGCCAAAUCUAAGAGACAUGAUUCCCAACACGGCUGCUGUUGCUGCCGCUCUUGAAGGGUGUGGUGGUGUGCCUUUGAUACGUCCAUUGGAGACCCUCCACAAUGCGUUAUCUCUACGCCAGCUUGAUAUGUUUCUGGACAAGAUGUCAAGAGCUCUGCUAUAUCGCACACCACUUUCAUCUCCUCCAAAACACCCUUCCACGCCUCUGCCGCAGUCGGUACAGUCUCCUAACAAUAGUGUAGGUUGGAGUGGACCUCCAUCAUUUGUUUCCAGUAGUGGACCAUCAUCUCCUAAUGGACUUUCUGAUUUUUUUCGUGGUGGAAUUGGAACUUCAGACAGCAGUGAUUUCUCCGCUAGCAUUAUAAGCAACGAUGGGUUCAAAUUUGGAGCUGGACCUUGUGAUUCAAUGAUAAAUACAUUUGGAGGAGAUACACAUAUGACAGACAGUAUGACAGCCUACACUCACCGGGAUAGCAUAGAGGUAGCAGAACUGUAUAACACUCAGCAAGCACUAGAAUCCAUGCAGUUUUAUCCAAUCAAAGCAGACGGAGGUGACAACAGUGGUGACCUAACUCCAGUCUCUCUCGGAUCGGAAGUCGAUCCGUACGACUUUACAGCUGCAGUCCGACCUUCUCAUAUCGAUAAUCUAGAUGAAUUCGAUAUACCAACCUGUGAAGAAGAAGAUGAGGAGAUGACACUAACGGCUUUCACUAAGGAACAGAUGUCAAGGCCGAGACUUGCCGAAAUAAAAUGGAUUCAGGAUGAUACUCCAAUAAUACCUCAACCACAGAAACAGGCGCUGGGGCGGUUCGAAUGUGUUGGAGCCGUCUGCGAUCUUUAUCAGAGUGGAGGAGCAGCUUUUGAGCAGCCAGCAAACCUAGAUCAAAUUGACAAGCAAUAUAUUUCAUCGAAAAUACAGGAUGGUCUGUUCGAGAUGAAUUUCGAUGCAGGCGGGGAAGCAAAUGGGAAUACUAAUAAAAUAGAAGAAAGAAGAAUGUCUAAUUCAAGUCAAAAUGGAGACAGAAGAAUGUCAAGUGUAAUGUCCAAUUCCAGUCAAAAUGAAGACAGAAGAAUGUCUAAUGAGGAGCUGCAAAGUUGCUUUCACUUCGGUUUGCACCAUAACUUUGAUUGUGAACGAGGUGGCGUGUCCAUUCCAUCUGCGACAUCAAGUAACAACCAACAAAUACCUAAUGCGCCGGUUCUGACACUCGCAAGCAGUCUGAAGGACGAAUCUUGCAUUUCUCGUGGAUUUGUACUUCCCAAGAAAGAUCCUCAAAAUACCAGUAAUAAUGAAUAAUAUUGAAACGCAAUGAAUGUUAUCAAACACCCUUCUAUUUUAUUGCAACAUAGCUAGUUUCAACUCUGCAAGAACCAUUUUCAAGUGGAAAUAAUAAAAUAAACAACAUUGAAUUAAUGCUAGUUUAUGUUCAUAUGAUAUUCAUCAAUAUGAUUUAGUUCUAUGAACUGAAAGACUUUACUGAAAAUGAUGUUGUCUAAAUCAAACUGAAUUCAUUUUAUUAAUUUAUUCCUAUUUAAUUUUGUUGCUGAAUAAAUAAAGAGCUCCAUUCCAAAACCUCACAUUUUUCCAAUUUCUGUUUUUCAGGUUAUAUCUCAUCAAAACAUAUGACUUUAUCAUUUGCUAGUGAGUUUCUUGUCAAAACCUGCUUCUUAAAGCUGUAAUCACCAUUCAAACAUUAAUUUUUUUCCAAAACCUGUCAAGUCAACUAGUCGUUUUUUCCAAUCCAUGCCAAGUUUCUGUGCAUGCGCAGUUUUAUUUUUACAAAAAAUGGUUAGAUAAAUUGAAUAACAACUUUGAAAAUAAUAUAAUUAUAUUAAUCUUCUAAUGAUGAAUUAACUUCCAGUGAGAAUUCAUUGGCACAGAGCAUACAGUAAGUGAUUCAGCUACAGUUUUUCCCAAUUUGCCAACAAAUUAUGUUUUUGACUGAGCAGGUUUUGGAAUCGAGCUCUUCAAUAUGAAAUACUUAUUUCACAUUUAGCCUACUGCGUUUUAGUUUCAUAAUAUAAUAUUUCAUGUCAGAAACUAUAACCACCUGAAGGAACCUUAGGAUUCUAUUCAGCAAAAUUAGUUUUAGUUUUUGCAGUUCUUAAAACUUAAGUCAUAUGAAUGAUUAUCAUGUGGACAUGAACUAGCAUUAUUUCUAUGUUGUUUAUUUUACACUUUAAGAUGGUUCUUGCAGAGUUGAAACUGAGCAUUGCAAUAAAAUGAUAGGGUACUUGAUAACUUUCAUUGUGUUUUAUUAAUUACAGUAGCUCUAAAAACAAUGAUAUUAGAAUUAUAUUAUAUUAGAAUGAUAUUAGAAUUAAUUAUUUUUGUAGGCAUAAUCUUAACGAAUGUUCCACCUUGCUUUAGAGCAGCAUGGUUAGGCAGGCUCCAAGCCACUGGGUUACUUAGGCUAGCCAUUAAUAAUAUAGAACAUGUACCUAAAUAUGCGUGUCUAUGAUUAUAGGAAAAAAAUAAUGCUCGAAAAGCUUUCUAGGUCAUCAAUAGAAAGCUGUAGACUUUAGAAAUAAAUAUUGUUAUUUCAGAUGGGCUAGAACCACAGAAUCAUCUAGGGGAUUAUAAUUUUUCGCCGGUUAUCGAAUCUAAGCAGUCAUAAGUGUUCUAGAUUAUCAGAGAUAUCUAUAGAAUUCAGGCAUAACAGGACUCAGUAAAGUCACAACAACACUAAAAAACCCACGAAAUGGUUGAUCUGUGGAUUGACAUCGCUAAUACUGAUUCUAAUAGUUAAUACGAAGUAUGUAUUGUAUUUCAUAUAUUUUUUUAAGUGGUUGUGACUAACUGAGCUCUAUUCUAUAUGAAGGCAUCACUAAUUGUGAUAAUGAAUGAUACCAACUAAUAAUUGUUCCUUAUGCUAAUAUAACCUUGGACAAUAUAGGCGUAACAUCAAGAAUUAUUGUUUUAUAGAUUGACGAGGUAGAUUUUUGUAGUACACCAAUUUAUAGAAAUGUGUCUUAUGAGACCCAAAUUGAAUGUUGAAUUAUGGAUCAUGAAUCGAAUAUCAAUGUUGAAGCAAUUUGAAAUCAAGAGUGAGAAUAUAUUUAAUUUUGUGAUAAAUGAAACCAAUAAAUUUUAACGUCAUAUCUAUUUUAUGUUGAUUGUACUAUUUCUAUUUAUGUAUAUU